AUGUGUUGUAAAGCAGACGAGGCAUGGCAAGGCAUGGGAUGGGAUGGCAGAAGUACUGCGGUACUGUAUGAUAUUCGUGUGGAAAUGCCCAAUUGGGCAGCGCGUUUGCGAGAUGCUUGCUAUUAUCCCCAAUUCUCUGCGACAGCUCGCACCGCGUCCCGCGUAUUUGCGCACCCGGCAGGUACAGAGUACACGCUGCAGGUAUUUAGCCCGUCUGCAGGAUUUACUCCGUACAAGCGCGCUCUCCUGCCCACAGUGUGUUCCAGCUCACCUCGGUCCCUCAAAGUACGGGGGCUGUCCCCGAUUCAGCGUGUGACCGUUACGGCAAUUCGUGAGCGACGGGGGACGACUCAGGGUGCAGGCACUGUGUGCUCCAUACUGUGGGAACCGGCCGCCCUGCGCUCCUUCUGGGCCUUGCGAGUGACCUGGUACCUCGCUUUGCAAGUACCCCGUACCUGCCCCCCUGGUGCUGCGAAUACUGGCACAGUACCUGUGGCAGCGCGCGACGUCCAGGUGGAGGUCGUACUUGUACCCCAUGUCCUUGCUUCCGAGGUGGAGCCCCCCCAGUACUGUGCCCACGCCCGCCCAACCGCGCAGCACCCUCCUCAGGCCAACAACCUUGCUCCUGCGGGAGGUGUAGGUGCCUGUAGCAUCCAGUACAGCUCUAUUCCCUCUCUACAGGGUCCCCGUCUCAUCAAUUGACGGAUGGUCGUUAUUAAUAUUACAGGUCACCCUUCCUGCGCGCCUCGGUCCUCCUACUUCUCUGUUUGCGUGCUCGCUUUUUGAACUCUCCCGAUUCUCUUCCUGUCGUUGAAUCCGCAGCUCCAUUAGAAGAACAUCUCCCGUCGCCGCCUCAGUGCUAGUCGUUCGACCGAACUUCAAUCAUCGCCCAACCGCAGUUUAGCAUCUCCCCUCUCGGCAAACCUUCCAAGCCACCAAAAGCAUAUCGCUGGCACCGCCAUAUUGACAUACGGACGACAGACAAGAGAUCAGAACCGCUAUACCUCACUCGCGCAGAUACACCACGCCACUUACUUCGCCCUCAGUUCUCCACAGCCUCAAACGAACGUUCUUCCCCGUCCUUUCCCUCGACGCU